AGCCAGCCCUCUGUGGCUGGAAAGGCCCUGAGGCCACUUCCCCGAAGUUGGGCAAUGGGUGUCAGUGUCACGUGUGUUCCCCUGCUUCCCAAAAUUGACCUGCAAAGUUUCCUGCCCUCCGGGUAGGGGCCAGGCAUUGCCUUCCUCACCUGCGACGCACUUCCUCUGACGGUGAAUCGGCCGAGAGAGAGGAGGGCUCGGUGGUCAGGCAGGAAUUGAGGCUGGGGGCUGCUCCCUGCCCACAGCCCCCCUGCAGGGUUGUGAUGCUCUGGAGCUGGCACCAAGCAGCGCCCUUGUAAAGCUGCGUGGCAAAAGGGGUUGGAAUGGCAGCUUCCCAUGGGUAGUUCCUCCUUCCAGCACCCUGAUCCUGCAUGGAGGGGAUAGAGGGGGACACUGCGUGUCUCUGCACCAUCCUCCAUCAGCUGGAGUGUCCUUCCUGUGACGGCGAUUCCACAUUGCACAACGCUUCUUCCGCUGUCAGGAAAGCACCCUAUAAACCCAUGUGUCCCCAGUUCCUCUCCAGUCUGCAGAGGCAGCUGGAGGAGGAGGCAAGCAGCACGGGGCCAGGUAAGUUGUGCUGUUUGAUUUCAGUUAGCAAAGGUUCUCUGUGUGGAGAGAUGGCAUGAAGAGGUUGGGGCUGCCUGAAUGCAGGGAAGCUGUUAUUAGCUGGGUGGUAAUGCUGGGGAGCGCAGCUGGGGGAUGCUACUGGGAGAUCACCCAUCCUGCUCGAGCUGCUUCUGCUUUAAUCCAUGUAAAACAAGCCCAAAUCUCCCAGGAGUUGGACCCAUCAAUCCUCCCAUCUUGGGAUAUUCUGUGAUUGUUCCUGUGAUGGUACCACUGCUACCAGUGUCUUUGUUCACACGUGUCCACUCUGGUCUACACAAAUGCCAGGAAGCAGAGCAGCCAUGGGAGAGGUGAGGGCUGUGGGGUGUUGUGUGCCAUGUUAAAGCCAUUCCUUAACAGCUAAGGUGCAGAGGAUCCAUACUGUAUCUGUGAGCACUGCCCAACGACCACCUCCAGCAGACGCCUCUGUCCCACGUCCCCAUCAGCCAAACCCUUUGCUGAAAGCAUGGACAUCAUAGAGAAGGUCUUUUCCAUCGCCCAUGCCAUCCACAGCCAGUUCGAGCACGUCAAGUGCUGCAAGCACCAGUGCCAGCGUCUCGUGGAGCGCAUCCACAUCCUGCUGGAGCCUGUGCGGGUCCUGCAGGCUCAGCCAUCGUGGUGGAUCUCCCAGCAUGAAGAGCAAAUGCUGACCAAGCUGCUCCAGGCGCUGGGGGAGGCCCAGAAGCUGGUGACGAAAUACAGCCAGACCAGCUGGAUCCAGAAGUUCCUGAGUGCCCGCAGCAGCGGAGAGGAGUUUGUUUGGGUGAACAGGAGCCUGGAGGACAUCGCCCAAGGGCUAUCGCUGCUGCUACAAGCAGAGCAGAAGCAGGCGUUGCUGGAGGCCUUCCAGACAAAGAACUGUCGCAGGCAAGAUGCUGAGGAUCUCAGGGAUGACAAGGCUUUCCUGGACCAGGUGAUCGCAAGUACCAAAGAGCCUGAAGAUAAGAACUGGGAGAUCCAGAUGGGCAGUCAGUGCAUGGAGAGCAAGGUAGACUGGAUGCAAGGAGAGCUGAACAAAAUCGUGCGUGUGAUGGACAGCUUGAAGAAGGUCAAUGUUGGUAAAAGGGAAGCCAUCACAGAGAUCGAGCGGAGCCAGCUCACCUUCCGCAGACACCUGCAGGACACCGAGCGCUAUGACCUCUAUGAGGGAGAAUAUCUCAAGUACCCGGUUGCCAUCAAAACCUUCAAGAGGCCACUGACCACUGACACAGUGAAGGUGAGAGACAUCUUCGAGAAGGAGAUUCAGACCCUGAAGAAGUUUGAGUCUCCAAAUAUCCUGCGCAUGUAUGGGAUCUGCAUUGAGGAGAAAGAUGGGAUCCCCUGCUUCUCCAUCGUCAUGGAGUACUGCAAGCAUGGGACGCUGCGGGAGGUGCUGACCAAGCAACGGCAUCUCUCCUGGGAAGUCCGCAUUCGGAUGGCCCUGGGAGCUGCAAGGGGCCUUUACAGAUUACACCAGACAGAGGAGAAGUCCCGACUGCACGGCUGCAUCUGCAGCAGCAAGUUCCUGGUGGCUGGGGAUUACUGUGUGAAGCUGUCAGGAUUUGAGCUGUGUGAAACAGAGUCUUCCAUCAAGAGAAAAGUCAAUAAGAAGAGCUUGAACCAAGUCUAUAUGUUGGCUUACAUUGCCCCUGAGAACCUGAUGGACGUCUAUUACCCCUACAAGAGGUCCUGUGAGAUAUACAGCUUUGGGAUUGUGCUGUGGGAGAUUGCAACCUCCAAAAUCCCAUUUGAAGGCUGCUCUCUCCAGGAGAUCAGGGACAAAAUCUGUGACCGGCAGUUCCAGGACCCAGUCGGGGAAGAUUGUCCUGAAGAGAUGGAGAAAAUCAUCAACCAGUGUCGGGCCUUCGAUCCGUUCCAGCGCCCGUCUGCUGAGCGUGAGUGUCCUGAAGGCAUUCCCCACAUGUCAGACACCUCCGUGGUGAAUCUGUGCCUUGUUUGCCAUCGGAUUUUGCCCAGUUUUGUCUCUUUGGAUCCCCCCUUGUCCUGCUGACACCGCCAGGCCUCCUAAGAGCUGGUUUCCUUCUGUCUCCUCAUAGAGACCAUUCACACAACAGCGUUUAUCCUCACCACACAGCCUGCUCUGCUCUGUUCAGGCUAACACUGACCUUACCUUCCACAGAGAUCGUGGACCUGCUGGCUGACCUGGAGAAGAGGAGGUAUCAGGGCAUCUAGCUGCAGAGAGCCUCAGCAGGCCGCCCAGACUGGCCUCCCUGCCUUAAAUAUAUGUUUAAAUAUAUGUUUAUUUGUUUAACUAA